AUGAUAUCUGUUACACUCUCAGAUCUCCCUCAUGAAGUAAUCCAGAAGAUUAUAGAUUUACUCCCUCGAGAUAUCCUUCUCGAACUAUUACACUUUAAAAAUAAUUGGGCAAUCAGCCAUGCAUUCUGUGCGUACUACCAAAAGAUAAGCAUCCAAAGCAGGAUACCAAAUCAGUCUCUGAACUCAUACUCCAAUGAUAUAGUCAAUCCCUUUGAACUUAAUUUUGGCGAGUACGCAGUUCUUGGAAGCAGACAAAGUCUAAUUAACUUUCUCAAUUCUUAUCCCAAUUUCAUACCAGAUGAAAUCUCGUUUGAUAACCUCGAUGAUUUGAUUGCAAUGCAUCAAACUCAUGAUACGUUGUUGACUAGAGUGAAAAGAGUACGAAUAUGCGAAGAAAAAUACGACGGAGAACAUAGUCCACAUUGGUUUAAAAUGAAACAGGUCCAACGCUAUCCUUACAAUAUCUAUUCCCAGCAAUACAAACAUGACACUGUGCUUUGUCAAUGUGAUGAUGUACAAUUUCAACCCAGUAUACAACAUUUGGAAAUACCUCAAGCAAAAGUAAUGGAUAGUGCUGUUUUCUUUGCCAGACUCAAGAACCUAAGAAGCUUUUCUCUGAAUGAGCUUUUACAUUAUAAUAUUGAAUAUCUUCCCAAGAGACUAAAUUAUGUAUCUCUUUUGAGUUCUGCUAUCCUCCAUCUUCCAACAUAUGAUUUAGAACUACCCCCUCAAGUAAAACAAUUGCAGGUGAGAAGUUUAUUACCUUUAGAUACUUACUUGAAUAUUAGACCAAGCGGUCUGCUAACUGAAAUUGAAUUUAAAGGAGGGAAGUUUAAAGAUAUGGGAUACUUUAGAUUCCCAGAACAUUUGACAACAUUAGUAUUUCGCGAUUGUGAAAUCGACCUGUUCCUAGACUUCAAUACUAGUAACAAGUUCUCAUGCUUGACUGCACUACACAUAUCAGGCUAUUUUGGAAAGUUAUUCUACUAUUACUUUUUCAAUACUGCACUACCUCAAUCGUUAACUGAUCUAAGUUUUAGAAACUGCAAACCAUCAUUUCAAAGAGGUAGCACCAAUGACACAGUAGUGUAUAGAUACCCAGAACUGUUUACUGAUUUUGGAUUUUUUAAGCUAAAUGAUCUGUUUGAACUUCCUAAAAACUUGAAAAAGUUAUACUUGAAAUGUCCUGGUGUUAUGAUUGAACCAAGUUGGAAACUUCCCAAGAGUUUGCAACUGGUAGAAUUGUUAGAUUUUACAGGGACUUUUAAAAUGCCAGAUUUGGCUAUGAUUCAAGAUUAUAAAAUCGGGCACAUAAAGCUAGAGUUUACUUAAUACUAAAUAGAAUGAAUAUGUACAACUAACUACCAAUUAUACAAACAUGUUGCAAGAAGUAUUGACCUAUGGGCAUGUCACAAAACCAUAGUCACGUGCCAAAAAUUAGGGCACAAUACCU